UGAUACAGUCUGGAACAACCAACUGGUAUCUCCCUUUGUGUUUAUCAAGACAGGCAUGAAAUUGUUACCAACCAUUACAAGCCAGGAUAUAAGCUUAUGGUCAUAGAAAGUUCUUCUCUGGAGGACAACCCACAUCAGCUGAUCGAAAAUGUCUUUAGCAGACAAAAGACUUGAACACUUGCAGAUCUACAAAGUCCUACAGUGCGUUCGCCAGAGGGAUAAGAAGCAGAUAGAAAAGAUGACUAAGCUUGGAUUCCAAGACCUCAUUAAUUUCACCGAGCCCACCAAUGGAGAGACUGCCCUUCAUUUAGCCUGCAUUGCAAAUGACAUUGACAUGUGCAACUUCCUGAUAGAACAAGGAGCUUAUACUAAUGUUCAGGACCGGAUGGGGCGCACGGCUGUGAUGAAAGCAGCUGAGCUGGGCCAUGACUUAGCCUUGGGUAUAUUGGCAAAGUCUGGAGCAAACAUGACCAUCGUUGAUAAUGAAGGAAAAGGUAUUUUGUUCUACUGCAUUUUACCCACAAAACGGCACUACCGUUGCAUUAAGACUGUCUUAGAAUAUGGUGCAGAUGUUAACAACUGCACUCUCGAUGGGAAGCCGGUAUUUCUGCAAGCCUGUGAACAAGCCCAUGAGAUUAAAGACAUCUGCCUGAGAUUCUUGGAAAAAGGAGCAGACCCCAAUGCAAUGAACCCAGUGACCGGUCGUACAGCCUUAAUGGAAGCAGCCAGAGAAGGUGUCCUGGAGGUGGUGUGUGGCAUACUUGAGAAAGGAGGAGAUGUUAACCUGUUUGACAAUGAAAGGCACAAUGCUGCCCAUUUUGCAGCCAAAGGAGGCUUUUUUGAGAUUCUGAGGAUUAUUUCUGCCUAUAAUGGAGAUGUGGGGCUGAUUGCCAUGAAUGGGAAUACACCACUUCACUAUGCUGCUGCAGGGGGGUUUGCAGAUUGCUGCAAAUUUAUAGGACAAAGAGGUUGUGAUCCCAAAUGGAAGAAUCUAUUAACAAAGACCCCAAGAAUCAUUGCCAAAGAAGGUGGCUUUAAAGCAGCAGCAAAGGAACUGCGUAAAAUUGAACGGCUCUUUGAUAAGUACUCUAAACCUGGAGUGAAAGAGGCCAACCCACAGUGGUCGAUAAGGCUGUACGAUUGGUCCUUAGAACAUCAGGCAGCACUUCGUGAGGCGUUUGAAGUGGUCGACAGAGGGGAUGGGACAGUAACCAAAGAUGAUUUUAUAUCAAUCGUUCAAGAAAAGUGUGCCUUUGUGGAUGGUGAGCAAAUACAAACAAUUGCCCAUGCACAUGAAAAAACUCGUGCUGGGGGAGUUAACACUGAAGAAUUUUUUAAAGGUUCCAGAUACUUGCAAAAAGCCUACCUCAUUACAUCUUUUGGACCAAAAAAGAAGAAAGGAAAAAGAGGGAAAGCCAAGAAAGGGAAGUUUACCAUCCCCAUGCCAAUUUGUGUCAUUCCAGAGAAUGAAUGCCCACGCCGAAAAGAUGGCGGGCCUAUGUACAUGAUUGAGACCUUUCAGAAUGCUACCGAUAGCAACCGUUUCAAUCGGGAUCAUCCACCUGAACAUCCUGUGCAGGAUGACUCCGCAUGGUAUAUUGAUGAGCCAGGGAAGACUUUCACCAAUAUUAACUUCCUUGUUAAAGCAGGAGACAUUGCAUCUCUGAAAAAAGCUUUUGAGGAGGGAGUGCCAGUGGACGUAAGAGAUUUACAUUACAAAACCCCUUUGAUGGUAGCAUGUGGAAGUGGGAACAUGGAUGCUGUUAAAUAUCUUCUAGAAAAGGGGGCAGAUGUAAAUGCAACUGACAAUUUCAUGUGGACUCCUCUGCACCAUGCCUGCCAUGCAGGACAGCAGGAUAUUGCUGAACUGCUAGUUAAGUCUGGAGCAGUGAUAGAUGCAGUUGCAAUCAACAGUUCAACCCCACUGAUGAGAGCCAUUGAGAGCUGUAGACUGGAUGCAGUGCAGUUUUUAAUUGAUGCUGGGGCUAAAGUCCAGAUGACAAACAGAAAAGGACAGAAUACUUUGGAUAUUGCAAAAGCAUAUGCUGAUUUUAGAUUAAUCAACUUGCUGCAGGAGAAACUGGACCGUCUACCAAAGGCAGCAGAGAACAAAGUGGAAAAAGGGAAAAAAGCUGGCAAACCCCAGCCAUCUCCUAAGCCCAAGCCGAAGCCUGAAGAGGCUGAAGCAGUGAAAGAAGAGGUUGCACAGAUACCUCUGCCAAUUGUAGAAAAAUCUAUUUUCGAAGAGAAGGAAGAAUCCCCUAUGGACAAUGUUAUUCAUCUGAAUUCACUGAUAACCAGCGGCGCUACUAAGAAAGUUGAUAUCACAUAUAUACCCAGAAAAAUUUGGACUCCUGAAGCUACAACAGAAGAUCUAAUAAGAAAGCGGGAAAUGCGUCGUGAGCGUUUUACUUACGAGGUGGACUUUGAAGACUUCAUGAUGCCUUUUAAGCGGAAUUUCAUGGAAAAAGCACGUCAAUUAGAAAUGGCUUCCUAAAUUAAAGCCAUGGCUUUCUUUUGAAUAAAGUUCAGAAGGGGAUUAAAAGACAA